AAUAUCUGGAAUCUGAAUUAAACUGGGCAUUCUUCUGAGAGGCUACUCGUCCGUUUAACCAAACCAAAGAAAACAUUUUUAAAAAAAAUUAUUUCAUUUCCCCGAACGUCCAAGAAUUUGCAAGGACGCAACCUCCAACUCUCGACAGUGGAGAUCCUGUUAACUUCCUCUGAAAAGAAGAGCGUACUUUGGAGAUGUCACGGCAUCACAGCCGGUAUGAGAGAGAUUAUCGCAUUGGGUGGGACUGGCGGGAACGAAGCACCAGCUGUAGCAAUGUAAAUAAUACCAACUGCAGCAGUGGCAUUGCCAACAGCAACAACAUCACUAACAGACCUGGUCUUCUGCCACUGCCAAUUGUUCCCUCCCGUCUCUUAACUCCAGUCACACCUGUCUGCACCACAGCAAGCAAUGAGAUGAUGACAAGUUUAAUGGCCAGCUCUGUUCCUUCCACAACAACAGCUUCCAAGCCUUCAAGCAUUUCUAAGAUUGACAGUCAGACACAAGGACAAAUGCUCAGUAAAAGUGUGAGGUGGGGACAAACUCCUAUCAAUCAAUCAACUCCCUGGGACACAGAUGAACCUCCAUCCAAGCAAAUGAGAGAAAUAGAAAAUGCUGGUCCAACAUCGUGGGUCCCUCCAGUUGCAGCAGUGGGCCAGCCUGCCCUCAUACCUCCCACGUAUGGGAUGACGCAACCACCAGCAUUCAAUGUUCAAGGUCCAGUGAUUGGAGUUACACCCACAAUGCCACCUCCAGUUCCCCCUCAACUUCCACUUAUGACAGCACAUUAUCAAGUACAACAUCCUUCACAGCCUUUAACCAACAUGGUUGUUAAUCUGCAGAGUCAGCCUUUGUACACAACUAGUCAGCCGAUUACCAUGUCCCCUCUCACUGGGGUGGGUCAGGUGACUCAGCCUGCCCCAAGCACAGUAGGGAAUGGUCACAUGAGUUGUCCCAUUCUGCAUCCAUCUGCUGUGCCCUCAGCUGCUCUUCCUAGUAAUGCUCAAGGAGUCAAUGAGCAGGUUGUUCCCCAUCUUCCUUUAAAUCCACCACAAAUUGAAGACAACAGAAAUGGUGUGCAGAUGUUACGGACUGUUGGGAUGGGAAAGUACGAGUUUAUGGACCCUUGGCACCCGAAAGGUGAUCGACGCGAGUCCCCUGUCAGCACCAUGGACCAAGCUCAGCCCAGACUUGACACCACGGAAGAACUUCAAACAGAAAUGUUGAAGGAGUUGAACCAGCAGCGCAGAGCGAAAGAGUUUACAGACCUGAAAAUAACUGUUGAAGGCAAAGAGUUUGAAGUCCAUCAAAAUGUUCUAGCUUCCUGCAGCUUAUAUUUCAAGGAACUGAUCAAAAGGGCUUCAAAGGACAACAAGAAUGGAGAGAAGCUGGAGCUGACAAUUUCCAACAUAAACGCAGAUGUACUGGAAAUGCUGCUGGAGUUUGUUUAUACUGGUUCACUCAUCAUCAAUUCUGGAAAUGCAAAAACGCUGCUAGAAGCUGCCAGUAAAUUCCAGUUCCGAACUUUCUGCAAAGUUUGUGUUUCAUUUCUAGAGAAACAACUAACAGCUACUAACUGUUUAGGAAUACUAGCUAUGGCAGAAGCAAUGCAGUGUAACGAACUACACAACAUGGCAAAAGCCUAUGCACUGCAAAACUUUCCAGAAGUAACAACCCAAGAUGAGGUUCUGAAUGUCUCAAAGGAUGAUCUCAUUGCCUUUCUCUCCAAUGACAACCUGAACACAAAGGCUGAAGAACUUGUGUAUGAAGCUGUAAUUAAAUGGAUUAAGAAGGAUCCAACGAACCGGACACAGCAUUUGUCUGAGCUGUUGGCCGUAGUCCGCUUGCCCUUUAUUCAUCCAAGCUACCUGUUAAAUGUCGUUGACAAUGAGGAAUUGAUAAAGUCUUCAGAGGCUUGCCGAGACCUGGUAAAUGAAGCAAAACGCUAUCACAUGUUGCCACAUGCUCGACAGGAAAUGCAGACGCCUCGAACACGGCCAAGGCUAUCUGCAGGUGUGGCUGAAGUAAUUGUCCUGGUUGGUGGUCGUCAAAUGAUUGGAAUGAGCCAACGAGAUCUCACAGCUGUCAGCUGCUUUAACCCACAAAACAACAAAUGGUAUCCGUUAGCCAGUCUACCAUUCUACGACAGGGAGUUUUUCAGUGUUGUGAGUGCAGGCGACAACAUCUAUUUAUCAGGUGGCAUGGAGUCUGGUGUCACACUCGCUGAUGUUUGGUGUUACAUGUCCCUUCUGGAUAAUUGGAACCUAGUUUCACGAAUGACUGUCCCUAGGUGUCGACACAAUAGCCUGGUGUAUGAUGGGAAAAUUUACACUCUCGGUGGAAUUGGUGUCUCUGGAAAUCUUAAUCACGUUGAAAGGUAUGACACAAUUACCAAUCAGUGGGAAACAGUAGCUCCUCUUCCCAAAGCUGUGCACUCAGCAGCUGCAACUGUAUGCGGUGGCAAAAUCUACGUGUUUGGAGGCGUGAAUGAGGCAGGACGGGCAGCUGGAGUUUUACAGUCAUACGUCCUUCAAACAAACACAUGGACUUUCAUUGAAUCACCAAUGAUAGAUAACAAGUACGCUCCUGCAGUUACUCUCAAUGGUUUUGUCUUUAUUCUUGGCGGUGCCUAUGCCAGAGCUACUACUAUCUAUGAUCCUGAUAAAGGCAAUAUCAAAGCAGGGCCAAACAUGAAUCACUCAAGACAAUUCUGCAGUGCCGUGGUACUGGAUGGGAAAAUCUAUGCUACAGGAGGAAUCGUCAGUAGUGAAGGACCUGCAUUGGGAAAUAUGGAAACGUAUGAUCCCCAAACUAACAAUUGGACACUCCUGCAAAACAUGCCUUGCCCAGUGUUCAGGCAUGGCUGUGUAGUCAUCAAAAAAUACAUUCAAAGUGGUUGACACUAUGACAUGGGGAUAGCAGUUCUCAAAUUGUUUUAUUCUGCUGUAGCAGUGCUUUAAAACAAUGCAUAUGUUGCUUUUACUGUCUACAUUGAAUGUAGAUUCCAUACUCACCAUUAGGUGAAAUAGGGCAAAAAUCCCUAUGGAUGUAUUAUAGUAUAACUUAUGGUACUUCUAGUAGUGUCACAAGACCUGACACUUGUUUUAGAUAUUGGGCAAUUUGGGUAUGAAUGCCCGCUUUAUAACAAUCAUCAGUUUUGCUUUCAAACAGUUACCUUUAUAUUGUUAAAGGCCAUUUAGAAGAAAAAUUGGUUUGUAGAGCGUAAUAUCUACAAUACCAGAGUGUAACAGCAUGUACACUAUUCAGUAAAAGCAAGACGUAGUCCCACAGAGCACAAGAAAUCCUAGACAAUGUGGUGGAAGAUCUCAAGCAAUUCUAUUGUACACUGGGACAAUACCAACAGGAAGCUUGGAUUGUCCACAAGUUGUGCAUGUCUAAAAUGUACAACAGCAGAAAACUACACUGAAAGUAAUGCUUAAAAAAAGCAAAAUCAUGUCUAGAGACAGCUUUCUCUGAUUAUAUGAAAUAUCAGCUGCAAGAACCAUCAAAAAUAUAAAAAAUGCAAAUGAUUUUGGGAGGAAACGAUUUGAAAGAAGAAUCUUUAGAUUCUCUUUUGUUUUAUUUUCAGUCCCCCCAUUGGUGAUGAAUUUAAACACCCAGAGGUGUGCAAUGCUGUUUUCUGAAUUGUUAUUGAGAAGCAAAAGCAGUGAGAUUAAUGCCAUGAGUUUUCAGAGGUUGUAGCUGUAAUGUCUUGCAUUGCCAUCUGGUUUAAUUCUUUCCAUGUUUAUAUCUUAGAUGAUAUAGAACAAACUUGCUGCACUAACAAUAAAUCUAUAUAAAUCUAGUAUUUGUUUCUGUAAUCCCUUUUACAGCAUCAAAUGUAAAAGUGCCAUUUAGCUAGAGGAUAUUUUUACCUAUUUGGCAUAUUUCAUUUUAGAUUAUUAUGUAAAAACGCCUGGUCAUUCUCUAUCUAGUUUAUUUUAAAAUGCUAAAUCUAAGCAAGGCAAAAUCUUCUAAUCUCAAGGUUUUUUUUUAUAAAAGUAGUAAAAUUUUAUCCAGGUGAAUUAACUGCCCAUUCAAUUUUACACUUAAAUGUCACUAUGUGACAAAGUUGCUCCUUAUGUGUAGUAUACCCAGGGGAACAGUAGCAUAAUGGGUUAUGUUACUCGAUUUGUAAUCCCGAGGACUGGAUUAAUAAUCUGGUGAUAUGAGUUCAAAUCUCACCAAGGCAGCAGGGGUAUUUAAAUUCAGUUAAUUAAAUAAAUUUGGAAUAUCGGAAAAAAAAAUGCUAGUAUCAGUAAUAAACUGUCAAAUUAUUGUAAAACCCCAUCUGAUUCACUAAUGUAUUUUAGGGAAUGAAACCUGCCAUCCUUAACUGUCUGGUGUACAUGUGACACCAGACCCACAGCAAUGUGGGCAAUGUGACACCUAAUUUCCCUCUAAUAGUCUAGUAAGCCACUUGGUUGCCAAGAAGUUGGGCUCACCAUUGCCUUCUCAGGGGCAAUUAGAGAUGGGCAAUAAAUGUUGGUUUUACCAGCAACGUCCACAUCUGUGAAUAAAUAAGGGGAGGGAAUGGAAGGAAAGAAGCUGCUGAAAUGUUUACUUCUGGUAUUCAUGGCUCAAUAACAACUCAUAGGAGUAACAGAUAGUCUAUAUUGGCUCUUCAUCUAUAGCAGGGUAGUGGAUAGAUGCAAUACUAUGAUUGUGGAUAGAUACAUCAGUGUGUACAUCUCCAGUACUGAUAGUUAAGAUUUCCUAUAUAAAUCUAGUGCGAUGCUCAUACCAGUUUCAGCUUUAAGUAUGUACUGUAUGAAUAUGAUUUAUAUAUUCACAUAUUAGGUAGUAUCCUGAGUUUCAAUCCUCUGAAUACGUAUUCAAUAUACCAUGUACAGUAGU